UACAUAGCUACUAGGUGUAAUAUCCAAUAUUGGAAUUUGAAUCUUUUUGACACUAAGACCUUACUUCGAUCAUAUAAUAUGUCCAUUUUCUAUUUUAAAAUUAUAUUAUAAAUGCUGCAUCCCAUUGAUCAGAAGCUCUCUUGAAAUUAUAAAACAGAGAAGAAAAAAAAUAAAGACUGGGAAAUUGUGUUGAAUCAGUAUAUAAUUCCUGUAUACUGGUCCUUCCACUUCCUCUAGAAAUAAGUGAUACAACAAGUUAUGGCAUCUUUGUUUAUUAUCCACUGUGAGUUGUAUUACCACACUUUACUUGGCUCUUUGGCAAACUAUAUUAUCUCUUCAGAUCAUUAGGGCUAGGAAAUAGUUUCAUUAGGCCCACUGGUAACUUGAAGGAGUAAAUGUAUCUUCCAAAAAUGCUUACUUCCAGGAAGAUUGGGUCCACACAAAUGAAUACAUAUAUAGUCCUUAGUGUAUGCUAUGAUUAUUACACUAUGCCAUUAGCUUAAAGAUUGUUAUGUUAAUAAGCGUUAAGUGCCUCCUGUACUAGACUAUGGGGAUACAAGCGGCCACCAAAAUAGCAUGGUCCCUGCCCCCCUGGAGCUUCUUUUUUUCUUUUUCAGUGGGAGAAGCAGACAUUUUGCUUAAGCAAAAAUGAUUAUAAAAUUUAAAGUUGUGCCAAGUUCAAUGGACAGGAAAGAUUUGUAGAAAUUAGCAAAGCAAAGGGAGGGAGGAGAAAGCAGCUUUCCUGGCAAAAGAACAGCCUGUGUGAAGGCCCUGAGGCAGGGAAGAGCUGGGGUUCUGACCACAAUCAAAGCAGUGAAAUGGAGUAUAGUGAGAGAGACAGAGAAGACAGGAGAACUUGGACACCUUGCAAAGGAUUUGGUAUUUUAAUUCAGGAGCAAUACGAUGCUACUAAGGAGUAGCUGGAGAAUUGUGUGAGCCAAUUAAAAUUCUAGGAAGAUCAACAUCAUUAUUGUGGAGAAUGGAUACACAAGGGUUCUGUUGGUUCGUGAAGAGGUCUUAAGAAAACUAUGAUCUCGGUGCAGUGGCUUAUGCCUGUAGUCCUAGCUACUCGGAAGUCUGAGGUAGGAGGAUCCCUUGAGCCCGAGGAGUUGGAGGUUGCAGCGAGCUAUGAUUGUUCCACUGUACUCUAGCUUGGACGACAGAGUGAAAUCCUGUCUCAGAAGCAAAAACCAAAAAACAAGCAACAACAAAAGCCUCAGAAAACUACAGAUCUUAUUAUCAAGAAAAUGACAGGCCUUAUUAUUGAGAGAACUGCUUACACUUUUAAAAGCUGAUUUUCAAAAAACAGAUCGUAAAUUAAGUGAUGCUGAAUGGCGUAAAAAAAGAUUGAUAAACUAGUGUAUCUCUGAAUAACCCACUAGAUCAGUGCUUGUCAAAUUUUACUGUGUUUUCAGAUCACCCUGGUGUUUUGUUAAAAUGUAAAUCCUGGCUCAGUAGGUCUGAAGGAGAGCAUUUCUGCAUUUCUAACAAGCUCCCCAGCCGAUGCCUAGACCACUGGUCCUCACACUUUGAGUAGCAAGUGACUGGGCUAUACUCUAUAUUCUAAAUUCUGAAUGUGUUCUAUCUUCUGAUGCCUAUCAGCCCUCUUGGUGGUCUGGCUAAUUACCAAACUUGAGCAUUUAAACCUGGGAGUUUUCAGAGAUGAAUUGAAGUGUUAAAGAUGUGGAAAUAUAGGUCACAUAUGGCUUUUCAUCUCUUCGAGAAAUAUCCUAUAUAUCCUUACUUCUUAUCUAUCUACCUAACCUAUGUGCCUACCUCUCCACCUAUGUUCAAGGUUCUGUUAUACUUCAAAAGGACUCUAUGCAAUCAAAGUGAUGUCCAAAACAAGUCUACAGAGAUACUAUGAGGCUCUAACACUUUACAUCUAAUGGGGUGGUUUGCAUCAUUAAUUGAGGCUUACUCUGUGCCAAGCUCUUUACCUGACUUCUUCAUUUAAUAGAAUAGGAAUCCAGGAACCUUUAGAGGCUAGUUUCUUGUUCAAGGAUAUACAUCUCAACUCUGGCUUAUAUCACACUGGACUCUUAUUCACUAUCCUAAUCACUGCAGUUUUGUUUGGUGACUACAGUUCUAAAUCCAGAAAACUCAAGGCUCUUUAUUCUGUGGCUAAAGGCUUUGUAUUUCUCUAAAGAUUUGUGAAGCGUUGCUGCCAUUAUUUCAAUAAUUUUAUAAAAAUCCUAGGUGGUAAAUAGGUCUGGCUUUUUUUCUUUUAAAAAUCUUCUCUGUCUUCUUCUUCAUUAGCAGUGCAACUUCUUGUGGCUUAUAGUACCCAAGAUCUUGGGAAAAGGAUUGAUCAAGUAAAGGGAAACAACAGAUUAUGCUCUGUGAUUGAGAUCAUGCUUCUUGUGAAAGACAGGGUAGGGAAAUUUUUAACUUCUCCCUGGUUCCUAAAAAAUGAGAGCUAACAAUGACAUCCAGUUUUAAAAGAAAUAAAAUCUGAGUCGUACUUUUAAAUUCUGUAAGACAGAGUUAAACCAAUAGAUAGUAACUCCUGCUAAUUUGAUAGUAGCUCCAGAGAGUGAGGGAAUGACAGGGAAUGCUAGUUUCAUUUGGUAAGAGAUAAAACUGAAAUUAUUAAUGUCUCCAAGGAAAUGCUAAAUGCCUCCUUACAAAUAUGGUCCAGCUAAUUGUUGGUCUUCCAACAAACCAGAUUUGUUGAUGUUUUCCCAGACAACGUUGUGUCGUUUUCGGUUUCGUUCGAUCCCCCUUCCUGUGAUCAAAGAAAGCGAUUCAAGUGUUUAAUGUGUCUUGAUUUGGACUGGCGACUUGCAGAACGGCUAGCCUCAUUGCCCCGCGUCUGCCUUUCCCUAAGGUAGGUUUCCUGUGCACAGAUACUGGCAAGGCGCUUUGACUGGAAACUCUGGAAAGAAGCCAAAGGAAAGUGAAGUUCCUGGCGCUAGCGCGUGUCCUGCUCAGAGAGCCCGGCGCUAGCUCAUUCUUCGUGCAGUUAUUGGCUGGGACUCUGUGUGCCGCUGUCGGCCAAUGAAGACGCUGGAGAUCGAGCCCCGGCCCGUCCCCUUUCUGCGCCCCGGGAUGAGGCAGAGACUGAACAGCCGGCGAGCAAAUCAACGGCAUCCAGAAAGCCAUGUCGGACUCGGCGCCCAGCGCCCAAGCGCUAACCCGCUGAAAGUUUCUCAGCGAAAUCGCAGGGACGAUCUGGACCCCGCUGAGAGGAACUGCUUUUGAGUGAGAUGGUCCCAGAGGCCUGGAGAAGAGGACUGGUAAGCACCGGGAGGGUAGUGGGAGUUUUGCUUCUUCUUAGUGCCUUGAACAAGGCUUCCACCGUCAUUCACUAUGAGAUCCUGGAGGAAAGAGAGAAGGGUUUCGCUGUGGGCAAUGUGGUCGCGAACCUUGGUUUGGAUCUCGGUAGCCUGUCAGCCCGCAGGCUCCGGGUGGUGUCUGGAGCUAGCCGAAAAUUCUUUGAGGUGAACCGGGAGACCGGAGAGAUGUUCGUGAACGACCGUCUGGAUCGAGAGGAGCUGUGUGGGACACUGCCCUCUUGCACUGUAACUCUGGAGUUGGUAGUGGAGAACCCGCUGGAGCUGUUCAGCGUGGAAGUGGUGAUCCAGGACAUCAACGACAACAAUCCUGCUUUCCCUACCCGGGAAAUGAAAUUGGAGAUUAGCGAGGCCAUGGCGCCCGGGACGCGCUUUCCGCUCGAGAGCGCGCACGAUCCCGAUGUGGGAAGCAACUCUUUACAAACCUAUGAGCUGAGCCGAAACGAAUACUUUGCGCUUCGCGUGCAGAUGCGGGAGGACAGCACCAAGUACGCGGAGCUGGUGCUGGAGCGCGCCCUGGACCGAGAACGAGAGCCUAGUCUCCAGUUAGUACUGACCGCGUUGGACGGUGGAACCCCGGCUCUCUCUGCCAGCCUGCCUAUCCACAUCACGGUGCUGGACGCGAAUGACAAUGCGCCUGUCUUCAACCAGUCCUUGUACCGGGCGCGCGUCCUGGAGGAUGCACCCCCGGGCACGCGCGUGGUGCAAGUCCUUGCAACGGAUCUGGAUGAAGGCCCCAACGGUGAAAUUAUUUACUCCUUCGGCAGCCACAACCGCGCCGGCGUGCGGGAACUAUUCGCCUUAGACCUUGUAACCGGAGUGCUGACAAUCAAGGGUCGACUGGACUUCGAGGACACCAAACUCCAUGAGAUUUACAUCCAGGCCAAAGACAAGGGCACCAAUCCCGAAGGAGCACAUUGCAAAGUGUUGGUGGAAGUUGUGGAUGUGAAUGACAAUGCCCCGGAGAUCACAGUCACCUCCGUGUAUAGCCCAGUACCCGAGGAUGCCCCUCUGGGAACUGUCAUCGCUUUGCUCAGUGUGACUGACCUUGAUGCCGGCGAGAACGGGCUGGUGACCUGCGAAGUUCCACCAGGUUUACCUUUCAGCCUUACUUCUUCCCUCAAGAAUUACUUCACUUUGAAAACCAGUGCAGACCUGGAUCGGGAGACUGUGCCAGAAUACAAUCUCAGCAUCACCGCCCGAGAUGCGGGAACUCCUUCCCUCUCAGCCCUUACAAUAGUGCGUGUUCAAGUGUCCGACAUCAAUGACAACCCUCCACAAUCUUCUCAAUCUUCCUACGACGUUUACAUUGAAGAAAACAACCUCCCAGGGGCUCCAAUACUAAACCUUAGUGUCUGGGACCCCGACGCCCCGCAGAAUGCUCGGCUUUCUUUCUUUCUCUUGGAGCAAGGAGCUGAAACCGGGCUAGUGGGUCGCUAUUUCACAAUAAAUCGUGACAAUGGCAUAGUAUCAUCCUUAGUGCCCCUAGACUACGAGGAUCGACGGGAAUUUGAAUUAACAGCUCAUAUCAGCGAUGGGGGCACCCCGGUCCUGGCCACCAACAUCAGCGUGAACAUAUUUGUCACUGAUCGCAAUGACAAUGCCCCCCAGGUCCUAUAUCCUCGGCCAGGUGGGAGCUCGGUGGAGAUGCUGCCUCGAGGUACCGCAGCAGGCCACCUAGUGUCACGGGUGGUAGGCUGGGACGCGGAUGCAGGACACAACGCCUGGCUCUCCUACAGUCUCUUGGGAGCCCCUAACCAGAGCCUUUUUGCCAUAGGGCUCCACACUGGUCAAAUCAGCACUGCCCGUCCAGUCCAGGACACAGAUUCACCCAGGCAGACUCUCACGGUCUUGAUUAAAGACAAUGGGGAGCCUUCGCUGUCCACCACUGCUACCCUCACUGUGUCAGUAACCGAGGACUCUCCUGAGGCCCGAGCCGAGUUCCCCUCUGGCUCCGCCCCCCGGGAGCAGAACAAAAAUCUCACCUUUUAUCUACUUCUUUCUCUAAUCCUGGUUUCUGUGGGGUUCGUGGUCACAGCGUUCGGAGUAAUCAUAUUCAAAGUUUACAAGUGGAAGCAGUCUAGAGACCUAUACCGAGCCCCGGUGAGCUCACUGUACCGAACACCAGGGCCCUCCUUGCACGCGGACGCCGUGCGAGGAGGACUGAUGUCGCCACAACUUUACCAUCAGGUGUAUCUCACCACGGACUCUCGCCGCAGCGACCCGCUGCUGAAGAAACCUGGUGCAGCCAGCCCACUGGCCAGCCGCCAGAACACGCUGCGGAGCUGCGAUCCUGUGUUCUACAGGCAGGUGUUGGGUGCAGAGAGCGCCCCUCCCGGACAGCAAGCUCCGCCCAACACGGACUGGCGUUUCUCUCAAGCCCAGAGACCCGGCACCAGCGGCUCCCAAAAUGGCGACGACACCGGCACCUGGCCCAACAACCAGUUUGACACAGAGAUGCUGCAAGCCAUGAUCCUGGCGUCUGCCAGUGAAGCUGCUGAUGGGAGCUCCACCCUGGGAGGGGGUGCUGGCACCAUGGGCUUGAGCGCCCGAUACGGACCCCAGUUCACCCUGCAGCAUGUGCCCGACUACCGCCAGAACGUCUACAUCCCAGGCAGCAAUGCCACACUGACCAACGCAGCUGGCAAGCGGGAUGGCAAGGCCCCAGCAGGUGGCAAUGGCAACAAGAAGAAGUCGGGCAAGAAGGAGAAGAAGUAACAUGGAGGCCAGGCCAAGAGCCACAGGGCAGCCUCCCCCCAACCAGCCCAGCUUCUCCUUACCUGUACCCAGGCCUCAGAGUUUCAGGGCUCACCCCCAGAAUACUGGUAGGGGCCAAGGCCAUGCUCCCCUUGGGAAACAGAAACAAGUGCCCAGUCAACACCCACCCCCUUUUGCCCCCAGGGGGUUGAAUAUGCAAAGGGAGUUCUGCUGGGAACCCCCAUCCAAUCAAUUGCUGUACCCAUGGGGGUAGUGGGGUUAGUGUAGACAGCAAGAACCAUUUGCCACAUCCCCUUUGGAUACAGCUGAACUCCUCCAUCUUCCAAAUCAAUCAGGCCCAUCCAUCCCCUGCCUCUCUCCUCCCCACCCUACCCCACUCCAACAGUUCCUCUCUCUUGAGUAAGGUGGUUGGGGUGUUGAGGUACCAGGUAACCUACAAGGCUCUUCGUGCUGGAGAGUUGGAAAGGCAUUAUGACCUCUUGGCCUCUCUUUUGAUUGUCAGUCUUCCCCCAAAGCAUGGUUUGGUGCCAGCCCCCUCACCUCCUUCCAGAGCCUGAGAUCAAUGCUCAUGUUUUGGAGGACAUGGUCACCAUCCCCAUGGUACUGAUGCUUGCUGGAUUUAGGGAGGGCAUUUUGCUACCAAGCCUCUUCCCGACGCCCUGGGGACCAGCCUUCUGUUUUGUUUUGGUUUUCAUUGUUUGACAUUCCCACUGCAUGCUGUGACUUCCCGCACUCCUCCUCGAACAAGAGACUCUGCUGCAUGUUCCAAGACAGUAUGGAGUGGUAAGAUAAAGCAGGGAAGUAUGUGGAUGUGGAUGGUGGGGGCAUGGACAAAGCUUGACACAUCAAGGCAUAAGGGCCUUGCAGGAGGCUCUGUAUGUCCCCAGGGGACUGACAAGAUCCUCCAAAUUCCAGCCAUAAACCAAGAACUAGGCUGGACCCUCCCCACUACAUAUAGGGCUCAGCCCAGGCAGCCAGCUUUGGGCUGAGCUACCAGGACCAAUGGAUUAAACUGGCAUUUCAGUUUAAGAAAGCUCAAAGCAGGUUUAGGACCAGAUCCCCUGGAGAGGUCAGAGGGACCUCUGUGGGUGCUGGGUACUCCAGAGGUGCCACUGGUGGAAGGGUAGUGGAGCCCCAGCAGGAAGGGUGGGCCGGCCAGGCCGUUCUUAGUCCCUGGGUUAGGAGGCAGGGAGCUAGGGCAGGGACCAAAUGAACAGAAAGUCUCAGUCCAGGAUGGGGUUUCUCUACAGGGCCCCUGCCGUCCUCAAGCCUCUGACCUUCACCUUACCAGGUGCCAUUUCUUCUCCGUGAAGGCCACUGCCCAGGCCCCCAGUGCGCCCCCUAGUGGCCAUAGCCUGGUUAAAGUUCCCCAGUGCCUCCUUGUGCAUAGACCUUCCUCUCCCACCCCCUUCUGCCCCCGGGGCCCCGGCCAUCCAGCGGGGCAGCUAGAGAGCCCCAGACCUGCCCUUACAGUAGUGUAGAGCCCCCUCUCCCUCUUUCGGCUGGUGUAGAAUAGCCAGUAGUGUAGUGCGGUGUGCUUUUACGUGAUGGCGGGUAGGCAGCAGGCGGCGGGCUCCGCGCAGCCGCCUGUCCUUGAUCUGCCCGCGGCGGCCCGUGUUGUGUUUUGUGCUGUGUCCACGCGCUGCGGCGACCCCCUCCCCCGUACUCACUCCUCUUAUAAGCGCUUCUCUUCGCAUAGUCACGUAGCUCCCACCCCACCCUCUUCCUGUGUCUCACGCAAGUUUUAUACUCUAAUAUUUAUAUGGCUUUUUUUCUUCGACAAAAAAAUAAUAAAAAUGUUUCUUCUGAAA